GAUUCUUUCUCGAGGCUUAUUAUAAUAUAAUACUCCACCGCACACCUGCUCAGAUCAUCUUAAUUCCUCCUGUUACUUCUCUAACUAGAGGGCGUCGCAUAUUAGAGGAACAAACUCCACUACUGACGUUGGAAAAGUACACAAUUUCAAGGAUUUUUGGUAUUUUUGGCUGGCCACACCCAACUGCCCUUUUCGAACGUCUCGCGUUGAGGGCCUUGGCACGCUUCUAGCGGCUCGCCCGUCAUAUUCUGGAGACAAAGCACCCAUAGCCGCAGGUGUGCUCCAGGCUUGUUUCUCAUCGAAUCCCAACCAACCCUUGUCAGCCGAAGUGGUAGCAUCCUUUAUUAAGAACCGUCCUCUCUUUUUAUUUCCCUCCUCUCCGUGUAUUGCGGAGGCCGGUACCUAGCAACAUGGAUCACAAUCGGAACAAGGCGAUACGCAACGAACGUAACAAUCUUUCCAAGCCGCAGGUUUUCGUCCAACUCGCAUUUGGCGUAUCUUGGUCUCAACGGCAUACACCACAGACGCAUACGAUGACUUACAUGUCUCGUAACUUGAAGAAUGCAAGGGAUUCCGGAAACUUCCCUCGCCAAGUACCCCCGCCGAAUGCCAACUUCUUAGGUAUCCCGGAAUCGCGCCAGCAGCGGAGUCGAGAGCAUCCAGGCCGACAUCAUCGUCAACAUAAUCACACGCAAGCCCGAGAACCCGGACGUUCCCGGGGUCAGAAUGGUAAUCAACCUGGCGAACAGGUAAGACCCCGGCCGAGGCGGAGUUCAGCGAGUGAAUCUCGAGGGGAAAGGGGAAGGUCAGCGCCGCCACUAUUUAAUGACAGCCCGUGGGAUGCUCCUUAUGUAUCUGCAUCGUUGUUCCCACAACGUUCACAGACGGCUGGAGAGGAAUCUUGGAAAGCAUUGCCUGCAGCACCGAAUCAGUAUCGACUUGGUGAAGAAGGGCUACCAUGGUCUGCAUAUGCAUGGCCAGGGGAUAUCCACGACGAUGGCGAUGGCGAGGAAUUACCUUUUGAAAAUCGCCCAACGACCAUCCCUCUCGACACGGAGCGAUCUCGCGGCGAGGACCCCGAAAGAGUUAGGGAACUUGAGUCGCUGUCUACGGCUAUGAUGACGGUGGACAACGGAUUUGAGCAUCAAUGGUGGUAUCAAGGUCCUCGGGAGUCUAUGGAACGUUGGUGGACGCAACGAGCCGCAGAGGAGGCGGACGACGCACGGUCGGCCGUUAGUGCCGAGGCGGUGCUAUUAUCUGACAUGGCACCGCCGUCGGCCUUGGAAUCUGGAGAGGAUAAUAUUCCGAAUUUUAGUGAUAUCGUAUCGCCGAUAUCAGAAGCGUCAAGCCCGCCCCCGAGUUUCAACCAGCCUCUCCACAGAUCAUUAACGACGAGAUCGGACGAACUAUGGCUGGGAAGUUAAGGGUUGGACGACGAUAGGUGUAAAGGAGUUUGGGUUAGAAGAACGGAGCAUUGCAGGCGAUGCUUGAGCAUUGGAUAUGCCAUGAAGCAGGCGGGACUACUACAAAGCAUUUGCAUACUAUUGGGCGUUUGGAUUCGGGAAAUUA